AUGGCCUUCAACAUCGCCUCCCCGUACGGCCCGCGGGCCCGGCGCUCGCAGCGCUUCGUCCUCCUCUGGCUGGCCGCCUUCCUGCUCGUCGGCUUCAUGACUUACUACCUCGCGACCAGGCACCGCGAUGCCUCCUCCACGUACGCCAAGAUGAUCAUCCACGGCGAGCAUGUGGACGUCGGGCGCUCGUCGCCCAAGAUGGAGGUCAUUGAUUGA